AUUAAUAAACCAACUAAAAAUGUUUUUGUAAAAUAUUAUUUGCGGGUAAGCAUUAAAGAAUUGUUUAUUUUUUCCAAUUAUUUUUUGUAAAUUCCCGCACACCGAACUGGGCAUAUUUAAAUCGUUGUGAGGGGUGUAGGUAGUGGUGACACUGGUAGCGUAUUGUAAUUUUCGAGUUUGUUUAUUUUCUGUAACUGCUGCUAAAAUGUCUACUAACGGUUAUUUCGAAGUGUCUUCUCGCUGUCCAGAUGUCCCCAGUGUACAGACAUCCACAGAUACAUUAGUUCCCAAUAGAAUAUUUGUAGGAGGAAUAUCUGCUCACACAACGGAAGCCGAGUUACACACUUUGUUUUCCAAGUACGGAAGUGUGAAAGCGGCGAAGAUUAUCACGGAUAAGACUGGCCUGUCGAAAGGAUAUGGCUUUGUUACAUUCGAUACUGAAGAGGAAGCUAAAAAGCUUCAAAAAGAGGGCAGUGUUAUUUUAUCAGGUAAACGUCUAAAUAUAGCACCGGCCAUAAUAAAAAGACGAUCUCAGCAUACAGAAACUUCUCAAGAUUCACAAACAUGUAAUAUACCUUAUCAUGGCAACGUGUCUUCAACUUACGGUGUUCUGUAUGCGCCUUCGUAUGGCUUGUAUUUCCAACCACAGCCAGCGUAUUCUAUGUUGAUACCUCAUCCUCAAUAUGUCUACCAACCUCAAAAUGUUUCUUCGUACAUUUAUGGCCCGACAUCUGCUCCGACGGAUCCAUAUAUCCACGGUGCAACAUUUCGCCAAGGACAACAAGAACAACCAUUAGAUAUUUCUUCAGAUAUUCAAGACGAUAUUUCGAAGUGCUUAUCGAAUAGGUGUUCUCCGUUACACAGACCUUCCAGUGCUGCGCCAUACAUUUACUGCGAUCAUCCGAUAAAAGCCACGCAAGUCGCAAAAUUCGCAAUGGCAGCAUAUCCGCCGUACACUCUACAAAUGACUCAAGAUCGCCUUCACCAAGAAUGUGACAUACCCGAAACUAUGUUACAGUCGUGUCCUUUGACACCUCCAUCAACACCCGUAGCUUCUAUGGGCAAACACUACAAGACAAAUAGUUGAUUGUACACUUUUUUUGUUUCUUUGGACUAAUUUCCUAAUAAUUGAAUUUAAUUUAUGAAGAGGAAUACGGAGGUGUUUUUAUUCUGCGCGAAACUUUUUCUUAUUUAGGUUUUAGAAAAGCAGAAUUGGCAAGAAUAAAAAAAAAAUUACCUCCCAAUAUCGUUUAUUUUUUUCCCCCCCUAACAACUUGAAUUUUUUAACGUUAUUUCUAACACCCGAAUAAAGCUUUUAAACAAUGUGCCAACCGUAUUUUACCAAUAUUAUUUGUGUUUUCAAUAUAUUGUGGAUGUAUACUAUUUAUACUCUGUACUUGUUGCCAAUAAAAAAAAAAAUUAGGUUUAACAA